AUGAUCAAAUUCCACAAGCCAAGCAACCCUUUCAAAGGGAUUGAUCCACGUACAGGAGCCGUAGGAGCAGAACUCCUUCUUUUGGUUGUGAGCCUUUUGAUGCUUAUUCUUGGAAUUAUAUUUACACCAUCAUGGGCCUAUCUAAUGAAAAUUGGCGACUUGUACACUUACAUGGGCCUCUUAAUCUUGACAUGUUUGUGGUCCGUUGUAGCAAUUAUAUUUUCAAUUAAGCGCUCAGGCAAGGGUGUUCGUAUUGCCACUAUUGUAUUGGCUGUACUUACAGGUUGUCAACUUGUGGUUGGCUUUAUUCAUGCAAUGCUGCUUUAUAUGUACUAUCGUCCUUCCAUGAUGAGCAGCUGUUUGCAGCGUCAGCCAGCACGUCUGUUUAUGUGGUCUCUUGGAUAUGAUAAUGUACCAGAGAUGGUGAAACUUCACCAAGAGUGCGAUUCUCAGUGGACUAGAUUCGCAGCCUGGAGAAUGAUUACUUGGGGAAUUAUGACUCUCUUCACAGUUCUCACUUUGCUCGCUGUGCAAGGCUAUUCUCGUCAUUUGAGACCCCAUUUGGCACUCCGCUCUAGUGAGGAUGCCUCUAUGGAUCCAUCCUACGAAAAGCAAAAUCCCGAAAUUGUUCGGGCAGACUCUAUGCGCAAAGACCGAUAUACUGAUGAUGUCAAUCAAGGACUUUUGGAGAGCAAUCAUAGUGAAGAAGAGAUGACCAAUGUGCCUCCUGCUUAUCCUCAAGACUCUAACAGUCUUGCUAUCGCCAGAGACAUGUACAAACAGCGCCAGAAACUAUAUGCUGAGAUUGCUAAGCGUCGUCAUGCAAGAGAAGGAUCCACCCGUCGAUCAAGAGCUAUGAACUCCCGACGCCAGAUGUCUAAUGGAUCAGUCCACCCACUUGACCUCACAAGCCCUUCUGAAAACGGAAGUCUUAACUCUGCUGUUAUGAAGGACAUUGAACAAGGCGAGAUUAAAGGUGGUGUUGAAGAUCCAUCUUAUUCUUCUGAAAACAAUCAAUAUGAAGACCCCGCUCAUCAGUCUUAUGCUGUUAUUGGAUCCCAAACUGGAGACCAUCGUGAUUCAUUUUCAGCUGAGAAAAUAGAAUAUGACAACUACCGUGCAAACAAUGCUUAUAAUUCGGUGGACCUUACGGACAGCCCGGCAGGACAGCCUGUACAGCCUGAAACCAGCUAUGCAGAACAGUAUGAGUUCUUGUCAUUAGAGUGUAACGCAAUCUUGUUGAAUAUUUCACUAUUUAUUGGCCUUACGCAUAUCGUGUCUUUCUCUUUCUUUCACCAACUUAUAUUUCUAGAGUCUGACAAGUUAUUCCAUGCUGGCAAAAAGGUCACAAUUUGUGGUCUGGUAGAACCAAAAUGUUACCCCCCACCAGGAAAUGUCGUCUCACUAAAAUUAGCGUCCAGGCUUCCCCUAAAGCUCUCCUAUAAUUCAAACCCGGACAAAGCAGCCAAUGUACUUGGAAUGACGUUCUCUUCUGGUAUGGAAGAUGUUUCACUUGAUUCUUCUACUUACCCUCAGUCUCAAGGUAUUGGCCAUAAUAAAAGUCAGAACGAAACCAACCAAGAUCAGCCACAAUUAAAUACAAGCAAUACAAUGCUAGAAGAAGAAGAGGGCAACAACGACAGAGAUCGUUUGGACUAA